AUCCUUCUGUCUCAGCCUGCAUGCCCAGCUUCUGAGUAGUUUUGUUAGGAGUGCAAGAUGCGGUCCUGGGCAGAGCGGCUUCCACUCAGAGGGAGGCAGAGCUCAGAGCCCGUGGGUGCUGUCAGUGCUGGACGGAGGGCGGGCACCUAGAGGGCGUCCCGGGGGAGGGAGGGGCAGCUUACCCUGGCUCCUGCUCGGAGAUGUUGCCAUGCUGCCGCUACAGCUACCCUGCCAGGUGGGACUGAGCUGCCCUUUAAACUUGAGCGGUCUAAAGCUGAAAGGAGGGUUGAGCCAGAUUUCAGUCUGAGAAGCGGCCCGUUGGAGCCCACAGUGGAAGGAACUGGCCCCUCUCCUUCUCUUUCCCCACCUGGCAGAGCGAAGAAAUCCUCCAGGCCAACUUCCCAGCAGCCAAAGGACUGGAGCUGGAAGUCCGGAGCUUGGGUCCCAGUGGACAGGCCAGGCGCAGGGCUUGAUUCUGGCCCGCUGACCAUCCCAGGGCUCUGGGUCUUGCCUCUGCACCUGAGCCUGUUCCCAGGGCCCUUGGCUACUCACCCAGGUGUCAGAGCCCGAGUCAGGACCGCAGGAGCCUGGCCAGGGGUGGCCCGGUGGCCAGUCCUCCCUCCUGUGAUGUUUCCUUCCAGGUCCACAGCUCUGCUCCGAGGCCCAGCAGCACCAGGUCUGUGACGUCAGCCUUCUCCAGGCGUUUGCUCAUUUCCUGUGGCUCCUCCUGGGAUGUCCCCCGUCACUGGAGUUCUUGCCAGCCUGAAAGCCACCAUGUUCUGCCACUUCUCUCGCCAGACUUUCGAAGAGCUGUGCUCGUGGCUGCCGCCUGUUUCUGAACCCCCGCAGGUCACGGGGUCUGGAGCAGCCCCUUGGGUUCUGAGUGGCUGGGCCCCGUGGUUCUCUUUUCCAGCAGUGGAGAGAGCUGCUCCGGCACCACCCUGGGUCGGCCAGUCCUUCUGCUGCUGCCCUUGGAGGCCCAGCCUGGCACAAUGGGGAGUUGCUUCUGCUUCAUUCGCUUGGUCUGUGGGAAGCUCCAGGCUGCUGAACACGUCAAGUGCUGGGCCGAUUCUUGGGGGGCUUUCUGGCCCGCCCUGCAUCCGUGCCUCACCUAAGUACUGCGCAGCCCCUCCCUGCUGCCUCUGCUGGAGCUGCAGCAGACUCGAUGCCAUCUCCAGCAACGCUCGGGCCUCUGCCAUCCGUGUGUGGGCUGUGGGCACCUGCUUGGAACUAGGGGGUGCAGAGUCUGUAGAAGAGGCAGCACCAAGACUUCCAGAUGAACAACCGAAAGGAAGAUAUGGAAAUCACAUCCCACUACCGGCACCUGCUUCGUGAGCUCAACGAGCAGAGGCAGCAUGGGGUCCUGUGCGACGUCUGUGUUGUGGUGGAGGGCAAGGUCUUCAAGGCGCACAAGAAUGUCCUGCUCGGGAGCAGCCGCUACUUCAAGACGCUCUACUGCCAAGUGCAGAAGACAUCCGACCAGGCCACGGUCACCCACCUGGACAUCGUCACAGCCCAGGGCUUCAAAGCCAUCAUCGACUUCAUGUACUCUGCCCACCUGGCCCUCACCAGCAGAAACGUCAUUGAGGUGAUGUCUGCCGCCAGCUUCCUGCAGAUGACAGACAUCGUGCAGGCCUGCCACGACUUCAUCAAGGCUGCACUGGACAUCAGCAUCAAGUCGGACACCUCAGAUGAGCUCUCAGAGUUUGAGAUCGGUGCCCCGUCCAGCAGCAGCACCGAGGCUCUGAUCUCGGCUGUGAUGGCCGGGAGGAGCAUCUCCCCGUGGCUGGCUCGGCGGACUAGUCCAGCCAAUUCCUCUGGAGACUCGGCCAUUGCCAGCUGUCACGAAGGCGGGAGCAGUUAUGGGAAGGAGGACCCCGAGCCCAAGACUGAUGACAUAUCUUCGCAAUCUCUGUGGCCUGGAGAUGUGGGCUAUGGGCCUCUGCACAUCAAGGAGGAGCAGGUUUCGCCUUCUCAUUACGGGGCGGGCGAUCUGCCCUCUGCCAAAGAUGGUGCAGCGCAGAACCCCUUCCCGGAGCAGGGUGCUGGCGAGAGCUGGCAGCCCUCGGGCCGGAGGAAGAACCGGAAGAACAAAGAGACCGUGCGGCACAUCACGCAGCAGGUGGAGGACGACAGCCGGGCCGGCUCUCCAGUGCCCUCGUUCCUUCCCACACCAGGAUGGCCAUUCAGCAGCCGAGACUCAAAUGCAGACCUGAGCAUCACCGAGGCUAGCGGCUCGGACAGCCGAGGUGAGCGGGCCGAGCUCUAUGCACAUGUCGACGAGGGUCUGCUGGGAGGAGAAGCCAGCUUCCUGGGCCCGCCGCUCACCCCGGAGAAGGACGAGGCCCUGCACCAGGCCACCGCGGUGGCCAGCCUCCGUGCAGCUCUCAUGAGUAAGAACAGCCUGCUGUCUCUCAAGGCCGACAUGCUUGGAGAUGACGGCUCCCUGCUGUUCGAGUACCUGCCCAAAGGCGCCCACUCCUUGUCCCUGAAUGAGUUCACGGUGAUCAGGAAGAAGUUCAAGUGCCCCUACUGCAGCUUCUCGGCCAUGCACCAGUGCAUCCUCAAGCGGCACAUGCGCUCGCACACGGGGGAGCGGCCCUACCCGUGCGAGAUCUGCGGGAAGAAGUUCACGCGGCGCGAGCACAUGAAGCGGCACACGCUGGGCCCCCACGGCUGCACUCAGGCCUGUGUGCAGAAGCCGGUCACCUGCCACCAUCGCCCACCUGCCGGCCUCCAUGCCCUGGCCUCAUCUGCUUGUGCCCUGCACCUGUACCCAGCGCAGGCUCAGCACCUGGCAGGCACCCAGAGGGAUGAACUAGCAAGGCCAGGUGCACAGCAAGGACAAGAAGUACGUGUGCAAGGUGUGCAGCCGCGUGUUCAUGUCAGCCGCCAGCGUGGGCAUUAAGCACGGCUCGCGGCGCCACGG